AUGAACUGUGUUGGGGUUAGGGUGUUGGGUUUGUCACACAGCGUCAGGUUUAAUGGUUUCUGCUCCUCGUCCCAGUUUGUAAUACAGGAUGAGAACCAGUCUGAGUUAAGGCUGAUUUAUACUUCUACAGACCCCUCCACCCCCCUACAGACCCCUACCCACCCCUACCCACCCCUACAGACCCCUCCACACCCCUACAACCCCCUACACAUCCCUCCACAGACCCCUCCACACCCCUACAACCCCCUCCACACCCCUACAGACUCCCACAGACCCCUACACACCCCUACAGACUCCUACACACCUCUACAGACCCCUACAGACUCCUACACACCUCUACACACCCCUACAGACUCCUACACACCUCUACAGACCCCUACACACCCCUACAGAGACCCCUACAGACUCCCACAGACUCCUACACACCUCUACAGACCCCUACAGAGACCCCUACACACCCCUACAGACCCCUACACACCCCUACAGACCCCUCCAGACUCCUACAGAGACCCCUCCACACUCCUACAGACCCCUACAGACUCCCACAGACCCCUACAGACCCCUCCACACCCCUACAGACCCCUACACACCCCUCCACACCCCUACACACCCCUACAGACCCCUCCAGACUCCUACAGAGACCCCUCCACACUCCUACAGACCUCUACGCAAACCCCUACACAGACCCCUACAGACUCCCACAGACCCCUACACACUCCUACACACCUCUACAGACUCCUACAGACCCAUCCACACCCCUACAAACCCCUACAGACCCCUCCACACCCCUACAGACUCCAACACACCCCUACAGACUCCUACAGACCCCUCCACACCCCUACAGACUCCCACAGACCCCUACACACCCCUACAGAGACCCCUACAGACCCCUCCACACCCCUACAGAGACCCCUACAGACUCCUACAGACUCCUACACAGACCCCUCCACACCCCUACAAACCCCUACAGACCCCUCCACACCCCUACAGACCCCUCCACACCCCUACAGACCCCUACACACCCCUACAGACUCCCACAGACUCCUACAGAGACCCCUCCACACCACUGCAGACCCCUACACAGACCCCUACACACCCCUACAGACUCCUACACACCUCUACAGACCCCUACAUACCCCUCCACACCCCUACAGACUCCCACAGACCCCUCCACACCCCUACAGACUCCUACACACCCCUACAGAGACCCCUACAGACCUCUCCACACCCCUACAGACCCCUCCACACCCCUACAGACUCCCACAGACCCCUCCACACCCCUACAGACCCCUACACACCCCUACAGACUCCUACACACCCCUACAGAACCCUACACACCCCUACAGACCCCUACACACCCCUACAGACUCCUACACAGACCCCUCCACACCCCUACAGACACCCCUACAGACCCCUCCACACGCCUACAGACCCCUCCAGACCCCUACAAACCCCUACACACCCUUACAGACUCCCACAGACCCCUACACACCCCUACAGACUCCCUACACACCCCUACAGACUCCUACAGACCCCUCCACACCCCUCCAGACCCCUACAGACUCCUACACACCCCUACACAGACCCCUACAGAACCCUACACAGACUCCUACAGACCCCUCCACACCCCUACACACCCCUACACAGACCCCACCACACCCCUACAGAACCCUCCACACCCCUACACAGACUCCUACAGACCCCUCCAGACCCCUACACACCCCUCCACACCCCUACACACCCCUACACAGACCCCACCACACCCCUACAGAACCCUACACAGACUCCUACAGACCCCUCCACACCCCUACACAGACCCCACCACACCCCUACAGAACCCUCCACACCCCUACACAGACUCCUACAGACCCCUACACAGACUCCUACAGACCCCUCCACACCCCUACAGAACCCUCCACACCCCUACACAGACUCCUACAGACCCCUACACUGUAG